GUCUCCAGCCACAGCUUGAAGAGUACUCUCUUGAGCUGGUGUUCGAAGAGCGCCAAAGUGACCUUUGAGGAUCGACGUCUUCUUGGCCACCACGUGGACAGGAAUGCUGCCUCCCCCUUGUGCUACUCGAGGGACGAAUGUACUCGUCUUGCUGCCUUGGUGUAUGGAGUGCUGCAUUUGAUUCGUACGGGAGUUCUUGAUCCAGACCUCCCGAGGGUGAUGCGCUUGAAGGCCCUUGUGGAGCAGGGCGAGACUUUGGAUCGCCACACCGUGGUGGAUCACGACGAGCCGGUCUCAGAGGUUGGCUCUGAGGAUUGUGCCUCCGAAGACCUGGAGGACGACUUGGACAGUUUGAGUUCCAAUCUGCCUGGGCUGCCACCACCAUCGGCCCAGGACGAAGAGGUUGUGAAGCAUGUCCUUUCGGGCGUUUUGCAUUUCAAGGUUUCUGGGGAUCGCUUAAAGGACAAAGCUAAGGCUUAUGGCCUUCCUGAGGCCACCACUGCCCUUCUUGUCAAUAAUGGUGUCAACACACUGGGCAAGCUCGCGUUCGUAUCAGCAUACCAACCAGGAAUGGCGGAUGAAGCUCCUCUCUUCACUGCGUUAGAGGAGGUGAUGGGCCGCAGCCCAACCGCUGCGGAAAAGCCCAUCUUGCGAAGGCUUUAUUUUGAAGCGAACACGGUGUGCCUCGCAGACAUGCGCGCGCGCAUCGAACGCACGGAUGCUUCCGAGCCGCGCAAACUCCCAAUGGCAGAGCGGUCCUCUCGAGCCGAAUUGCAGAAAACCAGGCUCGAGGGAGUGGUUAUGACUCUGGACAAUGAGCCUUCUCACGCUCUCGUCAACCGCAUCUUCCAGCAGCAGGAUGAUGGUUGCGUCUCUUGGAUCCCGUGGGGACAGCUCACCUCUCGAUCUCAAGAGGCGGUUCAAAUCAAGAAGGUCAUCAGCUUCGCCCUCGAUUCCAGUGGAGGCCUCAAGGCGCGCGCCCAGGAAGACCAAUUGGAGGCUCGCUUGGUGGGCGAUGCUCGGCUUCGUCAGGCAUUGCAGAGGAGAGCCUUGGCCUACGAUUUAUCGAGGAUGAUCGACUACAAGACUCUCGAGACCUGGACCGAGACUCUGUUUGCCGAGAUGAUGCGAGAUCCCCCAAAGGGUUACCGAACUGUUACCGUUCAGCAAGUGCAGGAGGCAGACAAACGCCUCUGGCAGUUGGUUAGUGAGCAAACGCGUGGCAACGUCGCCAUGCAGGCCGACAACAGCAAGCCAGUCGACGCCGCCAUCAAGCUUUACAUGGAGCGCACAGAAGUGCGGGACCCGGCAGUUCCCAUGGGUGUGCCGCCUGAUAUGUCUGUUUGCCAGGCUGGUACCCCACAGCCGAAGCCCCUUCGCAGCCAGACCCAUCCUUUCGGCCUCCCCACGCUGCAGGGGCGCGAUCUUCACAAGGUCCAGAAAGCCAAUGCCCUCGCCCGCUUUUGCAUACGCCUCAUACAUAAGGCUUGGGAGACCGGCACUCCCUUUGUGGUCGAGAACCCGGCUCGAGCCCACACGUGGGCUCUGCUGCGGGCCAUUGUGCACGAAUUCCCGUGCCAGCGCUUCCACCUGUGGUAUGAUCGUUUGCAGGUCGUCACCUCCUCCGCUUGUAUGCACGGGUCCCUGAGAGACAAACGAACAACUUUUCUUACUUCAGCCGAUUGCCUCGGCUCCUUGCGCCUCGACUGCAAUCGCCAACACCAGCACGCUGCUUGGUCGGUGCGCCACAUCAACGGCCAGUGGAGCUUCGACACAGCCGCUGAGGCUGAGUACCCUUUCCUUUUGUGCACCAGGUAUGUUGCCUGCCUCAUGCCAAAAUGUGGGCUGCCAGGUCCACCGCCCCUGCCAGGUCACUUGCAACGUUUGGCUGCUGCGCAGAAGCAAUCGCGCCGCGGCAGACCCCUCAUUCCAGAGUUUGCUAAUUUCUGUGACGUGCGCUCCCUCGACCAUUUGCCUCCCCACAAAGUCCUCGAACCACGGGGGCCAGACGGGAGGACUUUGCCAGCAAGGGAUGCAACCUCAAAAACCACAAUCUCCCAGGUUUCCCAAGGUGCAGAGGAGGUCGUGUCAGAAGCCGGUGAUGUUGGCUCCAAGCUUACAGUCUUGCAGAAGGCUUCAGCAGAUGCGGUACCAGUGGGCAAGAGCUAUGCCACCUUAAAAACCACAAUCUCACAGGUUCCCCAAGGUGCAGAGGAGAGCCACACUGCCGAAGGCUUGACAGGUGCAGAACCCGUGUGCAAAGGCGAUGCCACCUCAAAAACCACAAUCUCGCAGGUUCCCCAAGGUGCAGAGGAGGUCCACACCCAUGCGUCACCUGGCGAUCGACGCCUCAGGGUCGGCAUUUACCACACGCCUAUGGAGUUCGUGGAAGCAGCUUUAGCUUGCCAGCAUCCGUAUGAUUCCUUCGACAUAGAGGAUGAUGUCGCCAGGUUGAUCCUAGACAACUUGACCAAGUCCCCCUUGCAGCUCGCCAAGGAACGUUUGCAGGCCGUGACCAAGGUGAACCAGCUUAAAAAGGAGCUAGCGGUGGAGGAAGCUAGGUUGAAAGACACGGGGUUUCCCGACAUGGGAGUGUGGGACCUAAUGCUAGGCACCGACCUUACGGGAGUUCCGACUAAGAGCCCCUUGUAUGGAGAAAAAGUCAAGCUUGCUGCUACCUCCCACGAGAAUCUCAUCAAGGCAGCCCCGUGGAGGAAUCACGAUCUCAUCGGUCGCCAGGCUCACUCGACGGAUCCUAGCCACCAGGAGAUCCUCUGGCGUGAGACCCUCAAGGAGAGAGAUAAAGGGUUUGUUCAGGGACCUUUCGCCACUCUGGAGGAAGUUGCCCAAAGCAUAGGGUGCACUGUCGAUGACUUAUGUGUCACUCGCCGCUUCUUGAUCCUCCAGGGCACUGAUCCAAAGACAGGGGCACCGAAGCCCAGGGUGAUCGACGACGCCAAAGAGUCGAUGAUCAACUCGGCUUAUACAGCCCUGGAGCUCUUGGCUCUCCAUGACUUGGAUUACGUCAGAGGCCGCUGUCUCGACCUCAGCAAGGCUUACAAACAGGUGCCGAUCUCAAGCAAGCCUGCAUUCUUCACCACGGCCAGCAUGCCCUUUGGAUGCUCAGCUUCAGUUUUCUCGUUUAAUCGCAUAAGCCGCUCCCUGCUGCACGUGCUGCGCCACAUGACAUCUGUAGUAGGCGGCGUGUUUUAUGAUGACUACGCUCUGCUUGAAACCGAAGCCUGCUGCGGUAUGGCCUCCAAAGCGGCAUGCUCCUUAUUGGACCAGCUUGGAUGGCUUUACGCCAAAGACGAAAGCAAAGGACGGGACUUCGAGGAGUCCUUCGACUUGCUCGGGGCGAGACUUGACUUGUCCGAGCUCCACGAAGGAUACCUUAAAGUCAGCAACAAGCCGAGCCGUAAACUCAAGCUUCUUGAGAUGCUGGAUGGCCUGCUCGCAUCACCCGAGUCAUCCCGGCAAGCAGCCAAGAGCAUCCAUGGGAUUCUGAAUUUCAUGAAUGGCUCGACUCUAGGUCAACACCUUAAGUUAGCUGCUAGGGCCUUUGCAAACCUUUCCUCGGCCCCAGAGUGCCCUUCAGAGCAUGACCUUGCUUUGCUUGUGGGGCACACUAAGAAAGCUUUGGACGAAGCCCUGCCCAGGCGGUGGAAGUGCCACUCUUCAGGGCGACCGGUCAUUGUGCUCACCGAUGGAUCCUACGAGAAAGGUUGUGCAAUUUUCUUCGUUGACAACGAGGCAGCUCGCUGGACAUUGAUCAAGGCUAGCAGCCCUUCUUUGUCAAUGCUGGCCCUCGCCCGAGCGUUCUAUCUGCCCGAGGCCAGCCAUCCAUGUGCUACUUGGAUAGAACGAGUGCCGACAGCUAGCAACUUAGCGGAUCUGCCCUCCAGGGGCAAACAUCGCGAAGCUGCAAAGAUGAUCAAAGGCGAGUCCUUAGGAGACAUCAGCCUGUCCGCCGACCAUAUGGCUGAGCUGAUCAAACCAGAUGGUCUACCGAAAGGCCUCUUCCGAGUGCUCCAGGAGUUGGCUAAUCGACUGGAGCGCUUCGAAGGGGCUCAGGGAAGUUCUGAAGGGAACGAAGGGCCGGCUGCCGAAGCAGAGCCCACUCUUCUGGCAGCAUCGCCGGUGGUGAGCCCUAUGGAAGGCUCUGGGGAUGAGUUCGGAGUCUUCGAUGAGCCGGAUUUUGGCAGAAGCGAGAGCGAACAUCCGUUCCCGCCCCUGCCUCCAGUCGUUCCAAAGACUAGGCAUGCGCCGCUGCCACCUUUUCUGAGAAGUGAUUCUGCGAGUUUGGCGAGCCGCCCUGCAACGUCUGACUUUCUGUCAAAUCUCAUGGCUGGGCAGCCUGUGGUCUCCAAGCCCCAGCUCCCGUGGGAAAGAGGGCCGAUGGCUAAGGUGUUUGGAACGGACAAGCCAAAGCCGCUGCAGCCCACCCGAGUGGGUGUGAAAGAUUUUCACCUGCAGACCAUCAUGGCGCCUCCGCAAGUGCAGGGACCCAAAGCCGGGCAAGAGUUUGGUGCUAUGAGGGCGUAUUAUGCCACCCGCAUCAAGACGGACGACGAGCUUCGCUUCAAGGCCCUUCAGCGUUUCCGAGUUCUUUUGAUCUCGGAGCCAACGGCAAGCGUUCUGGGCGAUACCUUGUGGGAAGUUUCUUCACAGAUGGGCGGCGACAAUGAAGCCUCAUCCGUGGUAAUGGAUGCCUUUGCCGGGCGAGCAACAGGAACACUAGUGAAGUACUCUGCUGCUUAUUGGAGGUACGCGACCUGGGUUACCACCAACCGGGUAGGUACCCCCCUUCGGCUCUCCGAGACUUUGGUGUACAGGUACAUCUGCCAUCUGCGGGACAGCAAGUGUGGGGCAACAGCAGCUUCAACUUUCCUGCAGUCUGUUAGUUACCUGUGCAAGGUGGCCAGGGUCAAGGAGCCAAGCGUGGACUUCCUCAUGUCGUCGCGGGUUAGAGGAGCUGCAAGGUCCAUGUUCGAAGGCAAACGGUGCUUGAGACAGGCACCGCCGCUCACAGUGGACAUGGUUCGAGUCCUUGAGCAGACUGCUUGCUUGAGGGAUGGCGAAUAUUUGACCCUGGUGGCUGGGCACCUCUGCUUCUGCCUCUACGCAUGCUGCAGGUUUGGCGACUCACAAUCUUUGGAGAAUGUGCAGGUUACCGAAGGAGGGCCCAUCGUUUUGGUUGAGACCUCAACUCGAUCGUACAAGACGGCGACCAGCAAGGAGAAGAAGACUACCUUUCUGCCUCUCCUUGCUCUUGGCAUAGGGCUGGAGCCUGAUGAUCCAUGGGCCUAUGGGUGGCAGGAAGCCCGAGAAGCUCUUCCAGCCAACUGCGAGUGGGCCCUGCCGGCGUACUCGUGGAACUCCGGCAAGUUCCUCAGCCGGGACCUGAGCACCGGAGAA